AUGGCUUCUGGUUCCAGCGCAAAUUUGAAACGGCACUUGAGACUGAAGCACCCGAUGGUUCCUAUAGAAAAAGCCGACAAGGACGACGAUUCCAACACUAAAUCCGAACCUGUUUCUUCGUCGUUGAUAAAGUCGAAUGCGAGUGCCAGUCUGCCAAAAUCUACAACGAACGUAGUCGAUUGUACGAAAUCGGAUUCAAAACCAUCUCAAAAUUUGCUUACCAACUACGUGGACGUUGUCAAACCUCUCCCGAUACAAAAGCAACGUUCGAUCGAUCUGCAAGUGCUAAAGAUGAUUUGUAAGGAAUAUCAUCCGUUAUCUCUUGUUGAGGACGCGGAAUUCAGAAAGCUUGUUAAGAUGCUUUGUCCGUCAUACACCCUCCCGAGUAGAAAAACGUUGACGUACAGCCUAAUGCCAACUGUGUAUGAAAAUCUACAUGCAACAGUUAAAUCUAAUUUGCAGGAUGCACCAGCAGUUAGUCUCACAUGUGAUGGAUGGACCAGCAUCAAUAACCAAGGUUUCUAUGCCAUUACAGCACACUUUUUCGACAAGAGCAAUCAAUUAAUGUCGCAUUUGCUCGAGUGUUCUGAAUUUAAGGAAAGACACACGGGUGAGAACAUUGCUUCUUGGAUCAUGCGAGUUUUGAAACUGUUUUGCAUUGAUUCAAAAGUAGCAGCAAUUGUUACAGAUAACGCGGCAAACAUGAAAUCUGCUGCAUCGAUUUUGAAAAUGAAUCAUUUGCCGUGUUUUGCGCACACACUCAAUUUGCUAGUUCAGAACGCGAUUGCUAGCUCUAUUCAGGGCACGGUUGAUAAAGUUAAGCACAUUGUUCAGUAUUUUAAGAAAAGUUCAUUUGCUCUGGAAAAGCUACACGAUAUGCAAGGAAAAUUGAAUGAAAAUUUGUUGAAAUUAAAACAGGAUGUUCCCACUCGUUGGAACUCCACAUAUGAUAUGCUUGAUCGUGUUUUGAGAAAUAAAAAUUCAGUUGUUUCUACUCUUGCACUACUGAAUAUCAAGUUGGCAUUGAAUGUUGAUGACUGGAAGAUUAUCGAGGGAUCGGUUGAGGUGCUGAAAGUUUUUUAUGAGGUCACCGUAGAAAUAUCUGCUGAAUUGAAUGUAUCCCUCUCAAAAAGUGUUGUACUAACACAAAUAAUGGAGCAACGUGUACAAAAAUUUGUCUCAGCUGAAAACUUUCCACCAGAAGUGACGAUGCUUUCAAAUAAUCUGAAAGAUGGCCUAAAUAAACGCUUCGAGUCAAGAUGUAAGAAUGAACUGGUUUCCCAAGCAGUAAUUCUGGAUCCUCGUUUCAAGAAACAAGGAUUUUGCAAUGAAAACCAGUACAAGUCAGCACAUCAAUCGCUAUUAAACCAGAUAAACGUCCAGCAAUGUGAUGUACAGCGUGUUGAGGAUUGUUCUGAGGAGAUAUGUAUUAAGGAACCCGCGCAGAGCUCGUCUCUUUGGGAAGAAUUUGACGAAUCCGUGAGUAAGAUACUAUCUAAAGAAAGUCCUGCUACUACUUUUAGUAUCGAGUUGGAUAAAUACAUGGCAGAGCCUAUCUUGCCAAGGUGUAACGAUCCGCUGAUCUGGUGGGGAGAACGUAAAUGUAUCUACCCAAACUUAUACACUAUUAUGCAGAAAAGGCUUUGUAUUCCAGGGACCUCCGUUCCAUGCGAGCGUAUUUUUUCUAAGACCGGUCAGAUUUGUAGCGAGAGAAGAAGUAGAUUGACAGCUAAGAAUAUAUCUAAAAUUGUUUUCAUCAAUCAUAAUCUUUGA